UUUCGAAGCGUCCCGGCUCGCUCUCUUCCUUCUCGGACUCUGGACAACACGGACGUGCUCGAGAAUGUCCCACACACUAUCGCCGUGGGAGCUGAACUUCACGGGACUGCCCGCGUAAGGCAAUUCUUCCGGCUGGCAAUGGAGGUCAUGCGGUCGAUGGAAUGCUUCUACUCCGUGCCGUCGGAAAAGCUGCGGGCCUGGAUGGUUUGGCUUACCGGCAUCGGCGAGAUAGCCGACGAAUGGCACAAAUGGCUACGGGCGCACUUCGAUCUGAUCACGAGGAUAGCCGAAAUGGCCGCGAUCGACGAAGCCCCGGGAGGGAGAAAGAUUGAAUCCGUUGCAAACGCUAAGUCCAACGAAAUCCCCGAUAAUGCGAGGCCGGCGAAACCGAUGGAGGCAGCGGCGGGGGUGAGGAAGGAGGUGAUGGAGGUGGGGGCGGCGGGGGAGCACGAAGAAGAGAGGGACGACACGACCCGUAAUCUCAACGACGGGACAGGCGGCGACGACGCCGGUGGCGGAGAGACGACGGCCGCGGACGGCAAAGCAGAGAGGACCGCGACGGCCUGGCCAAUAGAGACAAGGUGGCGGCCCUUGACUCCUUCGAUCGAGGAGGAAGCGGAUCAAAUGGAAACGAUUCGGCGUCUCGACAUACCAAAGGACCGCGCGGAAAUGAUUGAACUGCUGGAGAAUUUCACUCAUCAGGCCACUCUGUACAGAUCUUAUUACAAGCAUUGGAAGAGGACCGCCGAUCAAGCUGCCAAGGAGAUCGUGGGUAAAAAGGUGAAAGCCACGGCGAAAAUUCGUGACACGGACAAGGAACUGGACGUGGAAGAUACGAAAUAUCCGAGAAAGCGAGCCGAAGAUGCGGUCGGUCUCCCAGCGGAAGAAAGGACACCACCGCGACCGACGACGGGAGCGAUUGAAACCCCAACGGGCGCGCCCGAGUGGGAUGAUGCCGAAGCGCCAAUAUCGGAUGAUCAGUAUAAAGACUCCUUACUGGAGCUCGCAGGAAGGGCGAAACGCGACGCGGCCAGGAAGCUGGUAAGGGACGUGGCGCCAGCCGUCGACGACGAUGUCCCGUAUUUCUUCUUCCUGAAGGUAGAACCCGAUAUGAAUAUAGCGAUUCAGCAUAAUGACAAGAAGGUAAUACCACCGGAUAUCGGUCGUGAGAGCAUCUCCGCCAAUCGCAGCUACCUCUACUUCAAUGUGACCGACAAAUGCAAGAUGCCUGUUAAUAAGUAGCUUAUCAGAAUGCCUUCUCACCGAUAACGCAACGCUAAGCGAAAAAUUGCCGACGACAAAAUGACCUCGGUAACCGCGCGAACGGCCGUUUCAUUCCUCCCCUUCGCCGGCUGGAACGAAAGGCGAACACAGCGACUGAAUAAACGUACAAACCACCGAGAGAACUGCGAGCGAUUAUAUUGCCUUUCGAAUACCGGGCCAGCAGAAACAUGACAUCCGCUUUUCAGUAUCAGCUCAGAACCGCGCCGGUAUUCCGCACUGACGGAAUAUACACGAUUCCUAUAUGAAUUCUCCCGGCGGGGAAAGCAACGCCGGAGAGCCGGCACAAUCGCCGUCUAAGCUCGGCGAGUGAAAUCGGGAUCCUCUCCGAGGAAGUCAGCCGGAGUCUUCGCGUUUCCGAAAUCUAUGGAGCUUCUUCCGCGCCGGGAAAACACUCACGGCCAUUCGUCACGAUUUAUUUAAGCUCUGUUUAACGGCCUUUCCAUCCCGCGCGCCCGGCAGUGGUAGAGCCGCGUAAUUUAUCGGGCGGUGCUCCCGGCCGACGGACAACGGUGUUCCGGACGGACGUUUACUUCCACGCUAAUUGCAGACCGAUCCCCCUGUCUGAUCUCUUGGCGCGGGAGAAACGGAGCGCGAUCGAGCUGCUGCUGGAUGUCGGAUCGUUCGCGACCCGAUACGCGCGCGAGCGCUUCUCGAUUUAUUCGCACGCCGAUGAGGCCCGCUCACGUACACGCCGCAGAUUGCACACACACCGCGGCGCAUACGUCAGUUUGGACGUUUACCUUUCACACAGGCGGCGCGCGCUUACAUUUGCGUAUGGUAACUCCCAUUUGGAACAAUGUUUCUCUAAGCUAUGCCUCGUCUAACAUCCGACUGCGGCGUGGCAGUUUGCGGUUACGCUGCGGUUUGUUCCCGGCUAAAAUAGCGAAUGAGGCUGCGAUGGAGCGGCAUCGGAAGAGUCGGGGCAGGGGGAGAGGAGAAAGCGCAGGGGAACGGUUCCUGAUCGCUAAAUGACGCGGAAUUAUCCUCCGUCUCUCGGUACGUUUAAUCUACGAUUAAAUAUCGGUGAACGGAGUUUUAUCGCGCGACCCCUGAAGCGGGGAAAACGUAAAGAUCGGAAACAAGCAACGCUUAGGCCCUUACAUGUUAAUAAUUAUUAAUAUACGGCAAAAAAAUGCUGCUGUCGAAUCAAUAGAAUUUCCGACAGCACGAGUAAUUGGAGCGGGUCUUCUUGAGUGGCCUCUUCAAUUGAGAUAUUAUUCAAGCUGUUGAAGUGAAUAUUGAACUAAUAUUUUAAUUAUUGAAACAAUACAUAACAUAGUUUUAAUGAUACUUGCCAUCGAGCCGAGAAGAUUUAUUCCAAUCGCGCUGCUGCUGGGAAUUUUAUCGAUUCGACGGAAUUUUUUCUCCGUGCAGUUGCCACUUGAAACUUGCUUCAGACGAGAUACUCAGAUUUGAAUUCAGAGUUAGAUGUGAGCUUUUUAGUUGAAUAGCGUUUACUUUUUUUUGCUUGAAUAGAUGUAAUGUGAAAUAUAAUCAUACAAUUCAAGUGAAAAGUUCAGAUCUAAUUGCGAAUUCGGGUCUGAGUAUCCCAUACAUGAGACGAGUUUCAAGUGACAUCUAUUAGUACGGACUAUAAUCACAUCGAAUGUCUAUGUUUAGUGGCACGAGCGCAAAAAUAGAUCGGAGCGAAUCCCCCCCUUUCCUCUGUAGCCCACGAGACUCCGCUUUUGGGAAAAUCGAUUCCGCAAAUUUGUCAGGCGCACGUGUGCCCGCUUCUCGGUCGCGCUGUGUUCGUCCUGCACAGGCAUAUCAUCCUGAAUAUGACAUAACAAUUAUAUAGAGAUGUAAAUUUCGAGAUUUGCUUUUUGUUAUAUAUAUAUAUAUAUAUUUUUUUUUUUACACUGACGACAUCGUUCGCUGCGAGUGACGAGAUACAGUUAUCUUCCGGUGGAUCCGGCCGCGAUAAUAACACCUUCAUCGAGGAAAGACGAGCGACGAUACAUUUUUUCCGAGCGGCAUGAUUUCUUACAAAGCCUAUAGAGCCCGCGGGUCGGAGUAUGUUUCAAUCAUGUCUUGCCAGACGCACGCUCCGCUGUCGAUAUCAGAGAACCGCUGACAAAGGAAUGACGAUUUUCAUCGGUACGGACAGUACGCCACUUUCCACGCCGACAUUUUCAACGACGUCGGCGGCGGCGGAGAGAGAUACGAAGGUGAGGGACGCGCCUCAAUAAUCUAUACGCUGCGUUUACGCGAAAGGACCCGUCGUAUAUCAUUUCAGAUAACCAUACAGAACGUGUGUAACGACCGAAAGCGACGGCCGGCAGUAAGUGGGUGUAAAUAAUGCAGUCGGCCGUCGGGCCGUCCGCAACGUGACGCGUUUGUCACCGGGAGACCUUGCCUUUUUCAGCGCUCCUCUAUUUCCCCGUCGACGCCGCGUUUGCCGUUUGCAUUCAUUUUGCACGAGAUCGUCUUUUAUUAUAAAUAAGAGAACUCCCCGUAGUCGUCCGCGCUACCCCGCGGAUGGAUCUCACACAUGGCGGCGGGGACCGCGGCCGGACUCCUGCGGCUUCUUCUGAGGCCACUUUGCCGGUCGAUUUUUUGGCGAAAAUGUCAUGAGGAAGGUCAUGAUUCGUCGCGAAUCCCCGAUCGCGGAUAUCUCCGAUUGAAUGGCGAGUCUACUGGAAUAAAGUAUCCGCUUGAAAUUAAAGGAAAAGUAAGAUACAGUCACUUUAAGUAGUUUUGCACACCUCGUGCUCCGACACGUCCGGAAAAUCUGUUUAUUUUCAAUCGCUCGCGUCUCAACAUUUUCUCGAUAUUGACUCUAAAUUGAAGAAAAUUCCUAACCCUGACAGUAACGUGUUAUGUCUAUGAGACCAAUACGCGUUAUCUUUCAUUUAUCCCAUUUUCCACUUUUUGCGCAAGACGUUAUGCACAUUAAAAAGUUUUGUGUUAAAUUUAACACAUUUCACGUGUCCUACGGUCUACUUGCAUUUUUCUAUUAAUUU